AUGGGCCCGUAUGUGCCACCAGGCCAGGCGCCACCCUUCGAGGUCAUCGAUAACUUGCACCAUGGUGGGUGGUUGAUAAUUACUGCUGCUAUGGGGCUGGUUGUGUCCCUGGCGUGUUUCUUAAUCCGCUUGUAUGUGCGGCUCAUGCUUAUCCCACCGUUUGCGCGCGAUGAUUGGGUUUUAAUGGGUGCUACGGCUAUCGCCGUGGUGCAAUCAAGUCUCGUCUUUUAUGCAUGCUCGCGCGGAUUCGGGACUUCUAUAUCGUUAGUGAAGGAUGAUCGACUCGAUCAGAUCCAGGCUUUAAUUGCAGCAAGCGAUAUCAUCGCGCUGAUAAUCAUCUACCUCUCCAAAUGUUGCGUCGUGGCUAUCUACCUCCGCCUCACGCCACAGAAACCACAUAACCGCGCAUCCUGGGCGACACUUGCCCUGUGCACUGCCUGGGUCAUCCCCGCUAUAUUAAUUGUCCUUGUCAAUUGUGAAUUAAACACACCUUGGCGGAAUGAUAGCGGCCAAUGCCGUAACUUGUACAUACGAUGGCAAUUCAUCGCAGCAGUCGACGUUAUAACCGAGCUCCUCCUCUUCAUCCUAGCCGUGAUCCUCUUAAAAGGCCUCUUCAUGUCCGUUCGCCGCAAACUAGCUGUCGGAUUCGCAUUUAUAUUUCGCUUUCCGCUCAUAAUAUUCUCAUUAAUCCACAUCUCAACCCUCCACACCGCUCUAAACAACGAAGACACAACCCUCGCCGCCGUGGAACCAACAAUCUGGAUGCAAGUCGAGCUUCACUACGCCCUAGUCGCAUGCAGCGUAUUCUGUCUCCGACCAUUCAUGGCAGCCGUUAGUACAAACUACGGCACGGCGGGUGACUCGACGAUGGAAGGUAGCACAUCAAGAUCAAACGGUACGAAAGAAGGCUCGAAGACCGCGUCUGGUUCUGGGUCUGGGUCUGGGUCGGGUACGAGGUCGAGACCUAAUACAGCUUCAAGGUCACAUUCUCGCAUUCAGAGAAAAAUAGCAGGUACCGGAUCAUGGCCACCGCUUCCCCCGACCACUAGUGGUUCUGGUUCUGGGUCGCGACAGUCAGAGAAUCAGGGUCCGGGCCAGUUUCCUUCGUUGUGUCCUGAUAUCACUCCCCAUGCACACGGAGCGCUUGGAAACAAACAAAGGGAUGAGGACACUCGCAAGUCCCCUACUGUGCUUGAACCAAUGCGUAGGUCUAUGUUCCCGCUCAGCCCGCCGCACCAGACUCAGAGCAUCCAGAAGAUGGAAAAGGGGAAGAAUAGUGUCAGGGCUGGGUCUGUGCGGUCGCUUUCGAUGGCGUCGGAUUUGAUUGAGCUUAUGCCGAGGUCGCAUACUCGACAUGCGAGUAUUGCGACUGAGCGAGGGGAUGGGGGGGAUAAGAUGGUUAUUCAUAAGGAGGUUCGGUACUCCAUUCAAUAUGAGGAUGAGGCGGAGCUGAGGAGGCGAGAGGACGAGGAUUUGAAGAAGAAUUUUGUUGAUGUUUCUGCCUAUGUAUAA